AUGGUCAACAAGCUCUGUUCCAGUCCGUUAGUUACCUUCAGCUACUGGUUUCGUUUCAGGGUCGUCUCCUACGGCUCGUGUCCUAUGGUGUUCUUCGAAGAUCCACUCACCAGAUCUGUCCGGAUCCUUGUACCUGUGAAGGUAGCAUAUGGGGCUCAGACGGAAGUUCUUUCGCUCACCGCUACCAUUGUCCUUCCUACUCGAAUCCCCGGCGCCGCUCCUCCCUGUGGAAGCACAGCCACCGGAUCUACCUUCCCCGAGCUUGAGCUCGCUAGAUCUGGAGUGUUGUGUAGUUCUAAAGCGUCUCCCAUAUCUGUUCUCGCUGAGUUUCCUAUCUCCACGGUAUUGACUCCUUCAACACUCUCAAGAAGACACUCUUCUAGAUCCAAGCCGGGUCCGCAGCAACAACGAAAGCUUCAAGGACUCUGGUUUAUACCGACGAGUCCAACCGGACGUGAUGGAGUUGUUCCGUCAUCUUUCGCUGGAGUUUUUAUACGACCAAGACCCGAUGCUCUGUUCCGGUCAUCUAACAACGACUCAAAUGCGUUCAGUUCAAUUGGCUUUGUGGUUUGUUUUGUCAGAUAUAUCUUGGUAAUACCUUACUGGUCCCGACACGGUAAUGUCGAGGUACGAAGUAUAGGACUGAGUUCAAUGUCCACUCCGCCACAAAAGUUCAAUAGUUUUAGAGUCUAUAUGAAGAUAAAGAUGUCUCCUUUCUCAGAUUGUUCAACCGUUACGACCAGGGUUCACCUAGCCCAAAUCAAUGAUAUUGUGUUCAAGUUGAAGACUAUAUUUGUUCAGUCAUCACAGGUCAGUAAAGUGUGUAGUUGCUCUACUACUGUAACUAGCACUAUCCGGUUCCUUAGUUCAUCCUCUCUGUUCGUCAGCGCCAAAUCCAGGAUUGUUAUAUCCGCCUUUUAUGUUGAGAUUCACCUAGUCUCUUCAAGGAGUCUUUUCAUUGGAGCUAGAGCUUGUCUUGCUCGUUCUGCAUCUUGCCAAGCUUUGCAGCUUGGUCAAUUCAACGUCGCUUGCGACUAUUUCAUGCUCGGGAUAACCUAUUCAAGGAUGCAUCUGAAGAUUUUCCAUGGUUCUCCAUCUAUCGAGCAAGCGUCUCUCGUAGUCUUUGUUUAUCUCUUGUUCUCCUUUUACGCUCUGCUUUAUGUUGUUCAUCAAACCGUUGAGAAUCCCUCCGGUUCUAUCUUUUCGGAUGUAAUCGUUUGA